AUGUAUCUGGCAGCGCACAAAAUUGCAGCUGGGGAAGCCACCGUUGGUGACUUGGUUCUUGCAAACACACUGCUUUUUCAACUUUCCAUACCACUAAACUUUUUAGGAUCGGUUUAUCGAGAAGUUCGUCAAGGCUUAGUCGACAUGAAUACCAUGUUUUCGCUUCUGACUCUGAAAUCGACAAUUCUUGAAAAGCCAGACGCUAAAGAUCUAGCUGUAAGGGAAUACGAUAUUACCAUCAAGAUAGAGGAUGUGCAUUUCGGAUAUCUGCCGGAAAAGCCUAUUCUCAAUGGCUUAACGAUGGAAAUCCCGGCAGGCAAAAAAGUGGCUGUUGUUGGAGGGUCUGGUUCGGGGUAG